AUGUGACGACAACAUGUUUUGGAAGUGGACACAUGCGCCCGUACAGAUCUAGCAAAUGUAGGCAGCACGGAAACUUUAAUCCGUCUUGGCUCAGUUACGAGCCUCUGCAUGUCCAAGGGGUAACACAUGCGCAGCUUGAUGCUGAAAAGCUUGCCCUCGACCGGGACUCCAGUCGAUCUAUUUGUCCGCAUUUUCUUCAUUCGUCAUCUCAUCCGUGUAAGCUCCUUGCCUUCUCAACUGCUUCUUCUUCAGCCAAGUUGGGCGCCUAGCAGAAGGUCAGGUAAACAGGCGUCUCCGAUUUUCAUAAUGAGUAUUUACAAGCUAUCACGUUACCAAGGGUUUAUUUCGUUCCUUUUUUUUCCCUCUCUUUUCUUUUCUUUUAUUUCCGCCUCAAUAAAGGCACCAGUACGGCUAAAGUGUCAAGGGGGUGGCUCUAGAACAAAACUUGCCACUCGGCGAUGCAACCACUCCUCUGGGAGUGAGACUGGUGAGUAACUCGCAGUUUGUGAUGUCUGAUGUCUACGCUCUGGUUUGCUGGUUGAAUUACUGGAUAAGGGCAGUGAACGAUCUAGUGCC